AUGCGUCGCAUCUCACGCUUUGCUGCGCAGUUGGUUUGUGGGGGACGAAGUUGUGCCACGACGCGUGGGGAUGAUGCCAGCCGCACAGAGCGCAAGGAGGACGUUGUGACGCCGUGGGGUGUUGCCGCCACGGGCCCGAGGGGUGUGGACUAUGACCGCGUCCUCGCACUAUUCGGGUCGGAGCCCGUUGAUGAGCCCCUUCUGCAGCGGCUGGAGGAGACACGCAACGGACGGGAGGAGCACGCGCAGGCAACCGGCACCGCACAAGGGGAGGCGGGACAGAUGGCAUUGCAUCAUUUUUUCCGCCGCGGCAUUGUCUUCUCCCACAGGGAUUUUGGAACCGCCCUUGACUGCGUGCGUGCGUCCCUUGCGACGGGGACACACCGCGCGUACUUGUACACUGGCCGUGGACCGAGCGCGCGGUCGAUGCACAUUGGCCAUUGCAUACCGUUUUUAUUGACGCGUUACCUGCAGGAUGCGCUCGGUCUUCCGUUGGUGAUUCAGAUGCCCGAUGAUGAGAAGCACUUCUUCCGCGACAUUCCCGUCAGCGGGGAGAGGGCGAGCGGGUUGGUGGCGGAGAACAUAAAAGACAUCGUUGCCUUUGGCUUCGAUCCACGCAAGACAUUUAUAUUCCGCAACACGGUGUACAUGGGGGACAUGUACCCAACUGUCGUGCAGGUGCAGCGCAUGUUGACGCUGAGCGCUGUGAAGAAUACAUUUGGCCUGAAGGAUAGCGACAAUGUGGAAAGGCAGCUUC